AUGGAGGCACAAAGUUACAGUGGUUUGUUUGUUGAAGAGGAGAAUAAAAGCAAUGAUGUACAGUUAUUGAAGUUAAAGACAAGCAGCCUUACUUUUACCAAAGCCAAUAACCCUUAUACCGGAUUCGAUCAUCUUAAAUUUACUGUUACAAACGCCAAACAAGCUGCCUCCUUCUACUGUACCCGACUUGGAUUCAAGCAUGUCGCCUAUCGCGGUCUUGAAACUGGUUCCCGCGAAGUUGCUUCCCAUGUAGUAAAGCAAGGAGAAGCUAUAUUUGUAUUCGAAAGCCCCAUUCAUCCUGAGUCUAUGGUUGACAUGGCUGCAGAGAUUGCCAGAAGAGGUGAUGCAGUCAAGGAUGUCGCCUUUAACGUAACUAACUGCCGAGCGGUUUAUGAGAAAGCAAUUUCUCGAGGUGCUAUCUCCGUAAAAGCACCCGAAGAAAUCACUGACGAGGAUGGAACUGUGGUAAUGGCCACUCUUGCAACUUAUGGUGAUGUUCAUCACACUCUGAUUGAACGUACAAAGUACAAAGGAGUUUUCUUACCGGGAUUCAAAGAUUCAUCUGUAGCCUUGAGAUUCAAGGACCCAUUAGAGGAACUUUUGCCCCACGUUCCCCUCCAGUUUAUUGACCAUGUCGUCGGAAACCAGCCCGACGAUAUGAUGGACCCCGUCGCUGAUUUUUACGAGAAAGCAUUUGAUUUCCACCGUUUCUGGUCUGUGGAUGACAAAGAUGUCUAUACUGAAUAUAGUGCUCUUCGUUCAGUAGUCAUGGCCGACCCAGCUGAAAGAAUCAAGGUUCCUAUCAAUGAGCCAGCACUAGGGAAGAAAAAGUCUCAGAUUCAGGAGUUUGUCGACUUUUACGGAGGUGCAGGUGUACAACACAUUGCUAUCAACACAAAUGAUAUCAUCACAUCUGUAACCAAUAUGCGCCAACGAGGCUGUGCGUUCCUGACCAUUCCGGACACGUACUAUAUUGCACUUCGGGCCGCCCUUUCGAAGCACAACAAGACUGCUUUGAGACCCGUUGCUGAGAAUCUGGAUAUACUUCAGAAGCUAAACAUCAUGGUCGAUUACGAUGAGAAUGGCUAUCUUCUACAGAUCUUUACUCGCCCAUUGGAAGACCGUCCGACUGUGUUUGUUGAGAUCAUUCAGCGUAACAAUCAUAAUGGUUUUGGCGCUGGAAACUUUAAAAGUCUCUUUGAGAGUCUUGAGAUUGAACAGAACAUUCGUGGAAAUUUGACUGAUAUGAAACAGCCUACUGCUGUUCUUAGCAACUAA